ACAUUGUGUGAGGAACAUCUUAAUGUGAUCCUUCCAGCAAAGCCUCCUUUCCACCCACGACAGUUUCAUAAAUGCACUGUCGUUGGAAACUCUGGAGAUUUGUUAAAAACAGAGUUCGGAGAAGAGAUUGACAGUCACGAUGCUGUGUUCCGAGAUAAUGAAGCUCCUGUCAAUAAGUAUGCCAAGUACGUAGGAGUGAAAAGGGAUUUCCGACUAGUUGUUCGUGGUGCAGCUCGUAACAUGGUUAAGAUUCUCACUGGGUCUGACAAUGAGGUGCUUAUAAUCAAAAGUGUGACCCACCGAGACUUCGACGAAAUGAUAAAGACUAUACCAAACCCUGUUUAUCUUCUUUUCCAAGGAAUUGUCCUGCGCAGAGGUGCCAAAGGAACCGGGAAAUUAUCCAUGUGCGAUAUUGUUGACAUAUAUGGUUUCACGGUCGAUCCUGGAUACACCGAGUGGACACGUUACUUUUCCACGCCAAGGCAAGGGCAUAACCCACUUCAAGGAAGAGCAUAA